AUGCUCCUAUCUGUUGCUACUUCCGGCCCUUCAACUCAACUCUCCCAUUCGCACUCUCCCUCCGCCCUCUCCCAUUUGCACUCUCCCAUUCGCACUCUCUCAUUCGCACUCUCCCAUUCGCACUCUCCCUCCACCCUCCACCCUACGCCACUUCUCCACUCCCCACCACCCUUCCCGCUGCCUUGCAGGGCGGCAAAGCUAGGGGUGAAGCUGGAGUGGCAGGCGGACGGCAGCGUUCGGACUGUUUCUGGGCCUAUCCCCGCGCUUAGGGUUGACACCAGGCCUCUACCGAGCCUCUCCACAAAACCUCGUGUUGCUCAGGAAGAGGUCCGGGAUGAACAGGUUCGGGAGGAAGAGGUUGGGGAGGGGGAGGUUCGGGAGGAAGAGGUUCGGGGGGAAGAGGUUCGGGAGGCGUGGUUCAACAGCAUGGUAGCAGCUUACACAGGGUGGAAGGACGUGCGUAACGAUCCGACCAAGGCGGUUACAUUCGGCGACGGGGAGGCGUUACCGGGGGAGGUUGUACUGGCAGUGGAGGAGGAGAUGGAGCGGCUGGCAGUGGCUGUGCCGUGGCGACGUGGCGACGUGCUAUUGGUGGAUAACCUCACAGUGCAGCACUCCCGGCGGUCGUUUGAGCCCCCUAGGCGGAUCCUGGCAUCCCUUGCCAAUACAGGAGGGGAAGGGGAGGAAAUGCGGGAAGAGGGAGAUGCGUGGGGAUUGACGGAUGAUGGUGGAGGAGAGAGAGAGGAAAGAGAAGAGUGUCGACGAGGAAAGGAUGAAAGCGAAGCGGGAGAAAGGGACGAGGGAGGAGGUAGAAGCGAAGAAUGGGAAGAGGAAGGAGAUGAAAGCGAAGGAAAAGUGGGGGGAGGAGGACGAGAAGGAGCAAGGGAAGGGGGAGGAGGAAAAGCAGAGAGUUCAAGGGGGGUAGAAGUGCGUCCGGAGGGGGGCCAACGGAAGGAGAGGGGAGCGGUGGACGAGGGGGGGCUGAGGGAAGGUGAGAAAGAGAGAGAGGGAGAAAGGGAAGGAGGGGGGAAAGACGCAAAGGGAAUUCACGGGGGAGAGAUACGUCCGGAGGGGGAACAAUGGAAGGAGGAGGAGGGAGUGGCGGGUGAAGAGGAGGGUAGGGAGGAAGCAGGGGAUGCAGAAGAGGAGGAGGAGGGAGGCGAGAAGGAGAAAGAGAAAGAGGAAGUGGAGGAAGACGAGAAAGGCAAAGAAAAAGACGAGGAUAAGGAAAAGGAGGAAGAAAAGGCAGAGGAGGAAGACGAGGAGGAGGAAGAGGAGGAGGAAGAGUACGUGUAUUUGGAUUUGAGCCAGGCAGUUAGGAGGCUGCCUCGGAAUUGCCGACUCAUUAUCGAGGUUGGAGACUUUGAGGAGACUCUGGGUUCCUGCCUCUUCUUCCAAGAGACUCUUGUGCCUGCUGCUGCCUCCGCUCCUCCCAGCAACGCAUCAGGCCCAUCCACGUUCCCUGCCGGUGCUGCUGCUGCAGCUGGUGGUGGUGUUCCACCAGCAUUAGGGGAACAAGCAAUGGCAGGGAAACAGGGUCCAGCAGUGGACCACAAGGAUCCCAACCACGAGUCGCUGCGCGAGUUCGCGUCUCUGUGGCAGUCCACGUUCGCGCGCGACUCGCUGCUCGUGUAUUCCACUGGCCGCUCGCCCACCCUCUACAACCAACUCAAGAGCCAAGUGCCGCUGCUCACGCCUGACAUUGUGAUCAUGUCAGUGGGCACGGAGAUCACCUAUGGCGCGUCCAUGCAGCCGGACCAAGGGUGGGAGGAGUACCUGAACGACGGCCGGUCCAAGGGGUGGGAGGAGCACCUGUGCGAUGGGUGGGACAGGGAGGCUGUAGUGGAUGUGGCGAAGGGCCUCCCCCAGUUGCGAUUCCAGGUGUGUCUCGCUCUCUCCGUAGGUGUCGCAGGAGCAGGUGGGAGGAGCAACAGAACGAUGGGUGGGUGGGAGAGACAGGCCGUGGUGGACGUGGCGAAGGGCUUCCCCCAGCUGCGAUUCCAGGUGGACUCAGAGCAGCGGCCGCACAAGGUCAGCUUUCACCUGGAGAAGGACAAGGCGGGCAACGUGGUGGAGGAGCUCAGGGGGAAGCUGGCGCAGCGAGGGUUGAAGGCGAAGGUGAUAUACAGUGGGGGGUACGAUCUGGACAUUCUACCUGAGAGGGCGGGCAAGGGGCAGGCCAUGGCAUACCUGCUGCGGCAGUUCACGCAGCACAGUGGCAGCGCUCCUAAGCACACGCUGGCGUGUGGGGACUCGGGCAACGAUGCAGAGCUCGUACCUGCUGCGGCAGUGCAAGCAGCAGAGAGGGCGGGCAAGGGGCAGGCCAUGGCAUACCUGCUGCGGCAGUUCACGCAGCACAGUGGGGGGGCGCCUAAGCACACGCUGGCAUGUGGGGACUCGGGCAACGAUGCAGAGCUGUUUGAAGUGGAGGGGGCUUACGGUGUGAUUGUGUCCAACGCAAUGGAGGAGCUGGUGGAGUGGCACAGGGCGCACCACAGCACAGACCACCACCGGCUGUUGGGAUGGCAGCAGGAAGGAUAUGGAUGUCAAUGGUGGUGA